AUGUCAGUGUACAUUGUCGCUUCCUCCAGAACGCCGAUCGGCUCGUUCCAGGGCCAGUUGAGCUCGCUCACCUACCCAGACUUGGGUGCCCACGCCGUCAAGGCUGCUUUGGAAAAAGUGCCCCAGAUUAAGCCAGACCAGGUUGAAGAGAUCAUCUUUGGUGGUGUCUUGCAGGCCAACGUUGGCCAGGCUCCCGCCCGUCAGGUUGCCUUGAAAGCUGGUCUUUCUGAGUCCGUGGUGGCGUCGACCAUCAACAAGGUUUGUGCCUCGGGCAUGAAGGCUGUCAUCUUGGGUGCACAGACCAUCUUGACCGGAACCGCCGACAUUGUGGUUGCUGGUGGCGCCGAGUCCAUGUCGAACACGCCAUACUACGUUCCACUGGCCCGUGGCGGUGCCCGUUACGGUGACACUGCGAUGGUGGACGGUGUCCAGAAGGACGGUUUGUUGGACGUGUACGACCAGAAGUUGAUGGGUGUGGCUGCCGAGAAGUGUGCCAAGGACUACGACAUCACCAGAGACGACCAGGACGCGUUUGCCUUGGCCUCCUACCACCGUGCCCAGGCUGCCACUACCAACGGCAAGUUCAAGAGUGAGAUCGCCCCAGUCACCAUCAAGGGCUUCAGAGGUAAGCCAGACAAGGUUGUGUCUGAGGACGAGGAGCCUGCCAACCUCAACGAGGACCGUUUGAAGUCCGCCAGAACCGUGUUCCAGAAGGAGAACGGUACCGUGACCGCCCCUAACGCCUCCAAGUUGAACGACGGUGGUGCCGCUUUGGUGUUGGUCUCCGAGGCCAAGUUGAAGGAGUUGGGCUUGACCCCAUUGGCCAAGAUCAGAGGCUGGGGCGAGGCCGCCAGAACGCCUAUUGACUUCACUGUGGCUCCAUCUUUGGCUGUGCCAAAGGCCUUGAAGCACGCCUCCGUCAGCCAGGACGAGGUUGACUUCUACGAGGUCAACGAGGCCUUCUCCGUUGUUGGUUUGGCCAACGCUAAGAUUUGCAACCUUCCUCACAACAAGAUGAACGUUUACGGUGGUGCUGUUGCCUUGGGUCACCCAUUGGGCUGUUCUGGUGCCAGAAUCAUCGUCACCUUGCUUUCUGUGUUGAACCAAGAGGGCGGCAAGAUCGGUGUUGCCGGUGUGUGUAACGGUGGCGGUGGUGCUUCUGCCAUUGUCAUUGAGCGCGUUGACCACGACUCCAAGUUGUGA